AUGAUAAAGGAUCUUACCAACUUUAAAAAGGCUCCAAAAGAGCGUAGGGUGAAAUCUUAUGCCACAGGUCGUCUCAGUAAAUUGGAAGAUGAUUUGUCCACGUCAAAAUCCUACCACGAAGCCAUCAUUGGGGCAGAGUUAGUAGAGGCAAUCGAGAAAUCUUCGCCAAUGAUUGCGGCUUUGUCAGAUACGGGUGCUCCGCCCCUUUCUACAGCUGCAUCAUCAUCGCAUACGGGGAUUCGACUACCUCGAAUCGAUCUGCCAAAAUUCGACGGUUCAUAUACCACCUGGCGUGCUUUUCAAGAUAGGUUCCAGGCUCUCGUCCACAAUAAUAAGAGCAUAGACGACAUUGACAAACUGCACUUUUUACAAUCAUGUCUAAUUGGUGACGCAAAUCGAUUUUUGCAAAAUUUGUCAGUGGAGGCAGCGAAUUAUGAUAAGGCUUGGGAGCUUUUGAAGGAAAGGUAUGACCAUAAGCGCAUUCUGGUCCACAUCCAAAUGCAGAAGCUUUUUGGCCAACCCUCCGUGCCUUGUGAAACUGCUGCUGGUCUUCGGGAUCUUCUCUACACAACAAGAGAAUGUUGUCUGGCGUUAGAAAACAUGGACGUUCCGGUUUCUAAGUGGGAUACGGUUCUCAUUUGGUUCCUUAACCAAAAACUUCCUGGUACGAGCCAAAAACUAUGGGAAGAGAGGUUAGGAAACAGAAAGGACUUACCAAAUUUCAAAGAAUUUACCGAUUUUUUGGAAACUCGUUUCCGGACUUUGGAAGUUGUUGGUCAGCAGGAAACUAGAGCGGCAGGCAGAAACAAAGAUGAGCCACUCGUCAAUCCAAGGCCUCGUUUCCAGCCAGCCAAAGCAAAGGUGUUGCAUGCUAAACAGGUCGUUAAGCAGCCGGUCAAACCAAUUGCGAAGACAGUUCCUGUUGAGCAGUUGUCAUGUAAAUUGUGCAACCAAACCAAACACACGCUGAGAAGAUGUCAACGAUUCCUCAACAUGGACAUCAUGGGGCGAAAGGAGACAGUACGCAGACUAAAAGUAUGCGAAAAUUGUCUGUCUUAUGGGCACAUCGUUCAAGAUUGUCUAAGUUUCAGCAGUUGCUUUUUUUGCCAACAAAGGCAUCAUUCGCUGUUGCACCAACAACAAUACCAACAACAACAAUACCAACAACAACAACCACAGCAACCAACAACGUCAAAUACAUCUGCUCAGGCGAGGAACCACCGUACAAAUACUCUUCAGGCGUCCGUGAACCCUCACGCGCCUGAAUUCCAGCCGAUGACGGGACAACAACUCCAAUCAAACGGAUACACUUUGAAUUACCACACGUCGCAUGGUGAUCAUCGACAAACACACCAGGUGCUUCUAGCGACAGCAGUUGUGAAGGCGCGAGCAGCAGAUGGGAAGCUACGCCUUCUACGUGCUCUGAUCGACACAGGCUCAGAAACGUCCUUCAUCACAGAAGCUGCCGCACAACUGCUGAAGUUAGAAAAGCGACGUACCAUUGCCGAGGUAUCUGGGUUAGGGUUGGUCAGCAGCGGCAUAACGCAACACUCCGUCGAAGUACGUUUUGCAUCCCGACACUCGACGUUUGAGACAGCUGUACAAGCUUUGGUAUUCAAGUCGCUGACUGGGCAUCUCCCGACCCAACGAGUGACACCCGACACCCUGAACUCCGUUUCAGCCAAAUCAGACUGA